GAUCCACCGCCAGGCAAAGAGCUUCAACCACUUGCCAGCUUAGUGCAAGCCCAGUCAGGAAAAAAAACAAAAACCAUCACCAACUCAUGAAUGUGAUGACUGGAUAAAAGGACAGGGAAAGUUCUGAUCCAGUGGAGCUUUACAAGAAAAGAAACACAGCAAAAGCUGCUAGGAUUGUUAAAAAAAAUUUGUUUUUGGAAUUUUUUGGACUGUUUUAUGUGGAUUUCUGAAUUGCUUCAUGAUUGCUGUUUGCCAGCUAAAGGCUGUCAUUGCAGAAUUACAGCACGGCACAGAGCUGGGAUUUUCUCAUGCUAAAAGCUGAUCUCCAACCACCAAUCUGGGACUAAACAGAGCAGCUGAGCACAGUUAAGCACUAACUAAAGCUCCUAGCUCAUUCACCUCCCUGUCACUACAGAAAUGCCUUGGGAACGCAAAACAAUCAUCCUCUGUGUUUUGACAGUCUGCAUUACAUCUCUGGUGGUGGGUGUAGAGGACAAGCAUAGAGAUGAUGAGUGUGCUGACCUGAACAACACCACCUUCCUGGAGUACCGGCAGCGGAGAGUCAAGCUGCAGGUCCAGUACCUGCUGCUGACCAGGAGAAACAUGGACUGUGCACACAUGUUCAGCCAGGAGUCUCUCACUGAAACACAGCAGCCCUCCUACUUCAACAUUUCCCUACCAACCAAGGUCAUCAUCCACGGGUACAGAGCUAUGGGCAGUAGGCCGGCCUGGGUGAAGGAGCUGGCCCGGGCCCUGCUCAGGGUGCAGGAUGUGAACGUGCUGGUGGUGGACUGGGUGUACGGUGCCUCCUUUGCCUACAACCUGGUGGUAGAGAAUUACAAAGAGGUGGCUCUGCAGAUCUCUGUCCUCAUCAACCAGCUGCAGAAACAUGGAUGCCAACUAGAGUCCUUCCACUUCAUCGGAAUCAGUCUUGGGGCGCACGUUGCUGGUUUUGUUGGGACUCUUUUUGAGGGGAAAAUCGGAAGAAUCACAGGUCUUGACCCUGCCGGGCCCAUGUUUAAAGGAGCUGACACCUAUGAUCGGCUGGACCCCUCUGAUGCCCAGUUUGUUGAUGUCAUCCACACUGACUCUGACUAUUUCGGCAUUUCCAUCCCUGUCGGUCACAUGGACUUCUUUCUGAAUGGAGGAAAGGACCAGACUGGAUGUGCCCGCUCCAGGUUUGCCUCAAUUCUUAUCUACUUUCCAGUGUAUGGCUAUGUGAUAUGUGACCACAUGAGGGCGCUGUAUGUAUACAUGAGCGCGCUGAACGGCUCGUGCCCGUUAAUGGGGAUCCCUUGCUUUAGCUACAAGGACUUCUUGGAGGGGCGCUGUGUGAACUGUGACAUCUUCAAGGGCACAUGUCCGACUAUAGGGUUAUCAGAAAACAGUGGGAUAACGAUAUCUCCUAUUCCCAAAGAGCAGAAGCUUUUCCUCCUGACUUCUUCUUCGCCACCUUUUUGCUCUCAUCACAUCCUGCUGGAGCUGGAGGUUUCUCCCCUGGAUAAGAGUGCUGAGGUGCAGGUGAUACUGAUGACAGAGAACCACGGAACAGAGCAGAGGAUCAGGCUACAGACCGCUACGACAGUGUACCGGACCGUGUUGACUCACCCCGUGGCUCUGUGUGAGAUUGAAACCAUCGAGCUCAGGAAUACUGGAGCUCGGUUCUACAGGCAGGGAGACGUCCACGUCAAGUCUGUCUGUCUCUCCGAGUUCCCCUCUCUCAGGAGGGAGGAGCCGCUGUGUGUGAACAACAUCAACGUCAGACGAGGAGCUCCGUGGUCACAUGACCUUGUUCAGGUGUGUCUCUAAAGAUUCACAGUGAAGUCACCUGUGGCUACCAACGUGAAGUCACAUUUCCACUUUUCAGCUUUUGUUAUUCAGGUUUGCUGCUGACUUCCCCCCUGCCUCUGUGAAGUGUUCACAGAAUGAAUCCUUUUCCUAUAAACUGGUUAGGAUGCUUAGACGCUAAUUUCUUAUGUUUUCUCUGACAUGUAUUUUUAGUGUUGCUGAAUGCUGCCGAACUCCGUUUGACUUUUAAAGCCAUUUGCAUUUCUCUGUUGAUGUUUGGAGAUAAUCUAAUUACAUUUGUGUGUUUGAUACUCAAAUGAUGCACAGUGAAAGACAAAAACAAACUGUUGUUCAUCCAAAACAAACUGGAAAAAAUAAAGACGGCAAACUGGUGCUGGAGGAAUCUUCUGAUUAGCUCAAGAGGAGCUGCUGAUGCAUACAUAAUUGUGUGGGUUCGUGUGACCGACAUGACAGGAAAUAGACAGUCACAGAAAACAAACUACAUUUUCACUGCACGCAAAGAGCUUUAUGGAGAAAUCUUGGCCCCAUGAAAAUGCUUUUUAAAAACACUUACUUCUUCAUUUUAGUCGCAUCUCCCUUUUAGAAGUCAGACAAAUAACACAAUUCACAGUAUGCAUGUGUGUAUUAAAUAGUCAAGUAGUAACAAAAAUGUUUAAAAUAUGGUCUGCAGGCAUCCAAUAUAUCACCAAAGAAGAAGAGAGCAGUCACCCCCCAGAUGAAAUUGGUAUUGCAAUGUGUAAAUGGGUACAACAAGCUCACCCCACAGACAGCAUUCCUUACACAUCUCCGACACUGAACGCAGCCGUGGUGCGCUCAGAUAUGGAAGCUAAACAUGCCCAACAAAACAUGAACAUGAAAUGGAGAAAAUCAACACUGCCAAGUUGUCUGGGACAUGCUUGAGAAUAUUCAAAACUAGAUAUUUUCCAGAUCUUGGAAGGAUAAAGCAUUGAGUAUGAUUUGAGUUAAAUUGAUAUAUUCUUUGUAGCGCUGAGUAUGUGUGAUUUGUGAAAA